CCCCUCCCAUCACAUAUUUGCCAAUCAAGGCAAAAGUGAACACCCCCUCUCUUCCCUCAUCAUUUGAGUUCGGCCAGCACCAAGGGUAGGAGGAGAAAAAGCUCUGAAACUUCAUCUUCCAUAGCCAAUAUUCGAGCUCAACCUAAAGUGGUCCAAGGAGGAAGAUUAAAGAGAGAAAAAGUUGGGAAAAGUGUGAAUAAUUAAGGCACUUGUAAAGGGUAUUUCAAGUGGUUUCACAAAGUUGGAAAAGUCGCCGGAGUCGUCGCCGGAGUUGACCAAAAGUCGCCGGAGUUUCACCGGAGUUCAACCAAGAAGGGUAGAACUUCAUAACGCUAGUUCAAGGUUGAAGCUAGGGCUUGCUACUUGCACCUUCUCACGGGUGGUAUCAUAUCGGGAAGACGUGAAAUGGAGGGUAGGCGAAUGGCAACAAGAAUUGACCCUAAGGGACAAGCGUCGGUAGCUUACCUUGGGGCUAGCCGGGCUGUGUCGCGAGCCCUUACGAGGAGAGGAAUAGGUCAUGGGGGCCGCGAGGGCCGCGAGGGUCGCCAAGCGGCAAGCGCUAGUCACGUGGGCUCGAUGUGUAACAUGAACACCAGGAGGAACGAACGUAGGCGUCAGGCUAGGCGAGAUCGGGCCACCUCCCAACGUGAUAUGACUGUCAGUCAAACCCAUCCUUGGGCAAACGACCAAGGAGGAGAAAGCACUUUUGCGGCACCAGCAUCACCGGUAAAAAGAAAAGGAACUCAAAGUGGCAUGCGUCCUUUCCUUACUCAUUAAGAUCAUCCAAAUGUUCGAAUUGCUCUAAGAAGCAUUUCGGAAAGUGCAUCGAGCCCCCGAUGUGCUACGAAUGUGGGAGCACAACCCAUAUGAAAUUAAGCUGCCCAUGGAGGAGACAACGAGAAACAUCGCAAGCCGAUGAAGGGCUCACCGUGGAAGGAAACCAUACGGGACCAACGACGAGCAACGCUAUGUUCGGCAACCAAUGUGGGACCCAAACACGAGUGUACGCAAUGACCGAGGCGGAUGCGCGAGCAAACCCGGACUCCGUUGCAGGCACUUGUAAAGGGUAUUUCAAGUGGUUUCACAAAGUUGGAAAAGUCGCCGGAGUCGUCGCCGGAGUUGACCAAAAGUCGCCGGAGUUUCACCGGAGUUCAACCAAGAAGGGUAGAACUUCAUAACGCUAGUUCAAGGUUGAAGCUAGGGCUUGCUACUUGCACCUUCUCACGGGUGGUAUCAUAUCGGGAAGACGUGGUUCGUGCUUCCUUAUUUUCUUUCAAACUACCGAACACUUGCUCAUGGAUAUUUGUUUUACUAUAAACUAUUUUUGGGGCUUGCAUGCCCAUGUUGUUGGCCGGUUGUGGCUCAUGACUUACCGUUGAAUAUUUCCGCUAUUCAUUGGUUUAAAUGUGAUGUUGUUAUGUA